CCUGUCUUUUCUCUCACACCCAAAAGCACAGAUUUUUACGUGUGUUGGAUAAUCCCCUGUUCCUCUCUCUCAGCAGGCGAGGUGAUGCGCCACCAAAUUCCAUACAGCUCCAAGCCAACCAGCCAGGUGAAGCUUUGUUGAAGAGGCUCGGGGAGAGACAAGUGGAGGGAAUUGCAGAAGCUGAGGACAGACUUGUGGGUGAGAGCCCAUUCCCAAGCUCUAGAAAUGGCACUACAGCAAGCAAGUAUUCUUCAAGUUCCGUUGUGCACUCGGAAAGGCCGCAGAACAGUUUCUACUGUACUUUCUAGCUUCAAGACUCCCUUGAAGAAUACAGAGGGAUGGUUUAGUCUCUCCUCGGUUAAUCUUCAUGCACCUUGGCGGGGUGAGGAUAUGAAAAGCAUUGUCGUAGGAGCGUCUAAAACGUCUCAUAAUCCCAAAUUUGUUGGUGGAAAGAAAGAGCGAGAUGAUGAUAGCAGUGAUUCUGAGUACGAGGAGCAAGAUGAUGAGGUGAAGGACAAUGACCCUCCUCUCAUGGAUCCUGAAGAGAGGCAGGAGUGGAGAAGGAAAAUUAGAGAAGUGAUCGACAAAUAUCCUGACGUUGAGGAGGAGAUAGACCUUGACGAGAGGAGGAAGAAGAUGCAGAAGCUCCUGGCUGAUUAUCCCCUCGUUGUGGACGAGGAUGAUCCUGAUUGGCCUGAUGAUGCUGAUGGUUGGGGUUUCAAUUUGGGCCAAUUCUUCAACAAAAUCACCAUAAAGAAUGUUAGGAAAGAAGAUGAUGAAAAUGAUGACAGUGAGAAUGAAAUUGUGUGGCAAGAUGAUAAUUAUAUCCGCCCCAUCAAAGAUAUCACUACUUCUGAAUGGGAGGAAGCUGUUUUCAAGGAUAUUAGUCCUUUGAUUGUUCUUGUUCAUAACCGCUACAAGAGGCCAAAAGAGAAUGAAAAGAUCAGGGAUGAGUUGGAGAAAGCCGUGCACAUAAUUUGGAACUGCAGACUACCUUCACCAAGAUGUGUUGCAGUUGAUGCUAUUAAGGAGCCUGAGCUGAUAUCUGCUCUACAAGUUUCCAUCUUUCCUGAGAUUAUCUUCACUAAAGCUGGGAAGAUUUUAUAUCGUGAAAAGGCUAUUCGAACUGCGGAUGAGUUUUCAAAGAUAAUGGCGUUCUACUACUAUGGAGCAGCCAAGCCACCAUGUUUGCACAACAGUGAAGAUAGCCAGGAAAUGAUUCCAUGUGUUCGAGUAUAGUGUAUAGUAUAUCCGUAGUCCAGCUUAGUAGUUCUUAAUACCCUUAGCUGUUGUUGCAGUGCACAUCAUUGCGGAAAUCUGACAAUUUUGAUGUAGCGAGCUCGACUGUUACUGUUCAUUUACUUAUGAACAGUUUCGAUGGAGAGCAAGUAUUACAAAAUUCCCUGUUCUGGGUAUCUAAGUGAAACUAAUCUUGGAAUACAAAUUUAAUUGGUGAACACAGAUGAGUAGGUCUGAAUGCAUUUUAUGUGUUGUAACUCUU